ACCUGACGCCGGCCAUCCCGGCGGUGGCCGGCAUCCUCUUCGUCUUCGUGGUGGGGAUGCUGCUCCGGGCGAGUUUCACCGACCCCGGUGUCCUCCCCCGAGCCACGCCGGCCGAGGCCGCCGACCUGGAGAGACAAAUCGACUCGGCCAGCUGCUCCAGACCGCCUCCUCGCACCAGAGAAGUCCUGAUCAACGGACAGACGGUCAAACUGAAAUACUGCUUCACCUGCAAGAUCUUCAGACCGCCGCGAGCGUCUCACUGCAGCCUGUGUGACAACUGUGUCGAGCGGUUCGACCAUCACUGUCCGUGGGUCGGCAACUGCGUUGGCCGGAGGAACUACCGCUUCUUCUACCUGUUCAUCCUCUCGCUCUCCUUCCUCACCAUCUUCAUCUUUGCCUUCGUCAUCACACACGUCAUCAUCAGUGAGUAACACCGCCUCCACACACACUCACACUCACACAC